CGGCCUACGGCGGGCGGGAAGGGUCGCACCGUUCGCUGUCCCCGCGGCCGCAGCCAUGGCGGCCGGCUCUCCCCCGCCCUUGGAGCCCAUCCCGAUGCCGGUGUACCGCGAUGAGGGCUUCGCGGACAAGUUCCGGCGCAAGACGCGCGAGAACCCGCUGGUGCCCCUCGGCUGUCUCUGCACCCUGGGCGUGCUGACCUACGGCCUCAUCAGCUUCAAGAGGGGCAACACGCGCCACUCGCAGCUGAUGAUGCGGGCGCGGGUCAUGGCUCAGGGCUUCACCAUCGCGGCUCUGCUGGGCGGCAUGGUGGCCACCGCCCUCAAGGCCAGGAGCUGAGCGCGAGGAGCGGCACGGCUGGAGGACGGGCGCUGCCUGCGGACGUGAGACGGCUGCGGUGCGUUGGAGCCGGUGUCGGAGAUGCUGCGCGUCACAUAGCGUCGAAGUGUGGCUAAUAUACCUCUGCUGAUAACCUCA